AUGAUCAACAUCAAGAAGAAGCUCGGGUCUCUGGUCCCAGGAGGAACGCGCGACGCGCUUCAGAACGUGCUCACAGUCGAGUGGUCGGGCCACAAGACUGUCCUCGUCGAGGUCCCCGCAGGCGACGAGCGGAGCAACGAGGUCGAGCUGUCUGGAUUCACAUCUAUACGCGACGACGCCGGCGGCUACGACCGACUCGCAGACGAUGCCAACGACAACGUCUACGACCCGUACGCGCGCCACAUGUCGGGCAACUCGGAUCGCAACGGCGCCGGCGCCGAUCGGUUCGUGAGGCCACGCAUCGAGCGCGGCACAAGCACGCCUUCUGGGUACGGAUCGGGUUCUGCGUCUGGAUACGCGACUCCGCGCGACGGCGACGACGAGAGCCGCGGCAGCGCGUCGAGGUCAAGGUCGGCGUCAACCACCGCGACACCGGCGUCCUCGUCGUCCUCGGGAGCGCAGCGCCGCUCAAACAACCCCUUUGCCAACCCCUUCUCGCACGAGGACGACUUUGCCGCUGCAGACGUGGGCGGUUACCCGGUCCUGUCGGCGUCGCGUCCGUCCUACUCGCAUGCCAAGAGCGACUCUGGUAGUCGCCGCGCGCCGCCGGCGCUGCCCAGCCGCCCCGAUUUUGCGUGGGACCACGACCCUGUCCAGUCUCCGACUGGGUCGAGCUCGACUGACAGCUCGAGCCGUGGACCGGCGCGCCUCGAGGACAACAACCCCUUCCGCUAG